UCCUGAGUCGGUCACCGCGCAUGCCCCUGGGCAGCAGAAAGGGGGCGGGGCCAGGAGGCGUGUGCGUGUGUGUGUCUCAGACAGUGACGGGAGUCUGCUGGAUAUAACGGUUCUUACAGACUCAGUCUCUUCAGGCUGGAACUGUGACACAUUAAAGGGUUAAAGGCUGUAUAUAUUAAUGCAGAUGUGAAGCUGGUCCUGGUUGUGGUGCUGGUCCUGGUUCUGGUUCUGGACUAGAGAGAGUCCUGUUCCCUCCAUGAAGCGCUGCGAUGCCCUCUGAUUUCAUCUCCCUCCUCAGCUCCGACCUGGACCUCAACUCACCCAAAUCACUCUACUCCAAAGAGUCGGUAUAUGACCUCCUCCCCAAAGAGCUCCAGCUCCAGCCGUCGUCCACCCAGACAGACCCGGCCGCCAUGAGCCAGAAGAGCGGGGGAGAGGCGGGACCUCCCCCCUCGGCAGCCUUGGCCUCAGAUGCCACCUCUUCCACCUCCAGCCCCUCUGCCUCUUCCUCGUUGGCCAUGGGAGUCCCAUCAGCUGGCUCCUCUACCUCAUCCUCAGACCAUCUCAAGGUUCCCCAGCAUCUCCACUCCACCGGAGGGGAUGGAGCUGGAGCUUCAGAGAUUCAAGGUAUGGAGGGUGCCGUGUCUGCCCCCAGUAGAGGAAACAGUGGAGCAAACAGCGCAACGGCAGACGUAGGGUCAGGAGCGAUGUCGGGGCUGGGAGUCCAGCAGCCUCAGAACACCCCAUCCAAACGGAGGCCCGUGUUGAGCAUCUCCCCGCCGCCCGAGGACCUGUUCGACGACAGCCAGAUGUCUUGCCAAGAGGAGCCUGCCGCAUCGGCUCCGACGGGUCCAGACUCGGAGCACAGCAGCAGCAUGUGGGCCGACGACUCCGUGUCUAACUUCAGCUUGGUCAGCUCCGUCUCCUACAACGACAACACGGAGGUGCCGCGCAAGUCCAGGAAGCGCACGCCUCGCCAACGGCCAGGGCCCAAGCCCGCUCCCCCGGAGGACAGCAUGGAUGUGUUUGAUGCUGACAGCGCCAAGGCCCCUCACUUUGUCCUUUCCCAGCUGGGCACAGACAAGACCAGUUCCAUAGCCAGCUCUCUGGAGUCAGGAACUGCAGUGAAGGGGGGGUCACUGUCUACUCAGUUCCCCCAGAGGAGUGAUGGGAAAGAGCUGAAGAUCCUGGUGCAGCCGGAGACCCAACACAGAGCUCGCUAUCUGACCGAGGGCAGCAGAGGUUCUGUCAAAGACCGCACGCAGCAGGGAUUCCCCACCGUCAAGCUGGAAGGCGUGAAUGAACCCGUUGUGCUGCAGGUGUUUGUAGCGAACGAUGCCGGCAGAGUGAAGCCUCACGGUUUUUACCAGGCGUGCAGAGUGACGGGACGCAACACCACCGCCUGCAAGGAGGUGGACAUAGAGGGCACCACUGUCAUCGAGAUCCCUCUGGAGCCCAGCAACGACAUGACACUGGCGGUGGACCGUGUAGGGAUCUUGAAGCUGCGUAAUGCAGAUGUGGAGGCUCGUAUCGGUGUGGCCGGGUCCAAGAAGAAGAGCACGCGGGCCAGGUUGGCCUUCAGAGUCAACAUCCCCCAACCUGAUGGAUCAGUCCUCACUCUACAAGUGACCUCAUCACCCAUCCUCUGCACCCAGCCAGCGGGGGUGCCAGAGAUCCUGAAGAAGAGUCUUCACAGCUGCUCAGUGAGAGGAGAAGAGGAGGUUUUUAUCAUCGGGAAGAACUUCCUCAAAGGAACCAAAGUGAUUUUCCAGGAGAACAUUGCAGAUGAUAAUUCCUGGCAAGCUGAGGCAAAGAUCGACAUGGACCUUUUCCAUCAGAACCAUUUGAUAGUGACAGUCCCUCCGUUCCACAACCAGUCAGUCACUUCUCCCGUUUCUGUGGGAAUCUUUGUGAUGACCAACGCUGGUAGAUCACAUGACGCCCAGCCCUUCACCUACACUCCAGACUCAGCCGAGAACUCAAACGUCCGGACAGUAAAGACAGAGGGACCCUCUCUGGUUAAGACGUGUGUGUUUGAUGGCCAGAUCAAAUCUCUAUCUUCUGAGCAACCCGACAGCUCUGCUCCGCCUUCCAAACGGCAAGAGGACACGCCGAUGGAAGUGUCGAGCAAUCCCCCGCCCACAGACGUCUUUAAGCCAUCCCCCGACCCUCUGGUGGCGGUGCAGCAGACGCUGGAGCUCAGCUCUAGUCCUCAUCCGGGUGGAGAGUCCUUUCAGAGCCCAAUGCCCCUCCAGCCUGAAGAUGUGGAGCUUCCCCAGGCGCCCCCUGUCUUCCCUAGCCUAGAGUCUCUCAGCACCAUACAGAAGCAGGACAUUGCCCCCACAUCCUCCUUCCCGGUGCCGGGUGACACUACCAUCCCCCCUGUGACCGCAGAAGUCCCUCAGCAGUUCCUCCGAGACCCUCAGGACAGCAUCCCUCCUGAGAGCUCCAGUAACAGUGGAGGGGUGGUAGUGGUGGCCAUGCCCCAGAUAGCGUCUCCCUCUCAGCCCCAGACACAACAGACACAGGUCUCCCUGUUCCCCCAGGAAGGGGUGGCCCAGCUGGAGAGGGCAGUGAGGGAGCUCCAGGCCGGAGGGAACACCACGCUCCAGCAGGUGUUGGAGGCGGCCGUAGUCCAGCAGCAGCUGAACUCGGUGCUGUACAGCCCCAGCCCCUCUGCAGACUCCCUCCAGCAGCACGUCCAGGAGAACAUGAACAGCCUUCGACUGGGAACCACAGACAACUCGCUAUCGGCACAGCUACAGAUACAACAGCAACAACAGAUACAGCAGAUACAACAGCAACAACAGAUACAACAGCAACAACAGAUACAGCAACAGCAGAUACAGCAGCAACAGCAGCAACAGCAGCAACAGCAGAUGCAGCAUCAACAGAUACAUCAGCAACAGCACAUACAGCAACAUCAGAUACAACAGCAACAACAGAUGCAGCAGCAACAACAACAGAUGCAGCAGCAACAACAGAUACAGCAACAGUUUCAACAGCAGCAACAACUGCAGCAACAGCAAAUCCUUGGUAACCUUCAGCAACAACAACAGCAGCAGGUUCUUGGCAACAUGCAGAUCCAACAACAACUUAUAUUACAGCCACAAGACCAGCAGCAGUUGCAGCAGCAGCAAAUUAUGGCCAAUAUUCAACAGCAACAACAACAGCAACAAGUCCUCAACAACAUCCAACUUCAGGAUCAGCAACAACAAAAUCAAAUACUGACCAACUUACAACAACAUCAGCUACAACAGCAGCAGCAACAACAGCAGCAAAAUCAAGCGUUGAGCAACCUGCAGCAGCAACAACAACAACUGCAAGAGCAGGAGGUGUUGGAGACUCUACAGCAGCACCUUCAGAACGAGUUGCUUCAGCCCCAGAUCCACUCGUCCCCUCAAGGACAGCAGCCGGUGUCCCUCCUUCAACAGGCUGGAGAGCUGCUCACCAUUCAGACCAGCUUCCCAACACCGCCUCCGUCCCACACAUCUCCUCCACAACAGCUCUUUCAAUCGCCCAGGCCCCUGGCUGAGACCCAGGGCUCCCCACAGCAGGUCCAGGCCGCCCUGCUCCAGAACACGCUGACUGUUCUGACUAGUGGCGGUCUCAACUCCGAGCAGCAGCCUACGGGGUCGACCCUAUACCUGUCCCCAAACCCUCAGCCCCAACAGCAGCAGCAGCAGCAGCUGGCUUUCAUCUCCUCCAUGGAGACAUCCAACAGCCAGCCCCAGUCCGUCGCCAUGUUUCAGAACCAACCCCAAGCUCAGCUCUCCCAACUGCAGCAGCAGAGCACCCCCAUGGAGCAGCAGCAGUCCCCCCAGCAGAACCAACAGCAGCCGCCACAGCUCCCCAUGGGCCAGCAGGGCUCCUUGUUCCAAAGUAUCCCCAACCACUCCCAGGGGAGCCCUGUCCCCCAGAACCAGCUCUCCCAACCGCAGCAGACAGGCCUCCUCCUCUGCACCACCGAUCUGAACCCCCAGGCUAUUCCCCCAACGAUUCUCUUCAGCACUCAGACCCAAGGCCCGUCCCCUAUCGGGAGCAUCGGUGUUGGAAUCCCCCAGCCAGACCCAGCAGAGCCCAUGUCCUUCCAAGACCAGAGCUCCUCCGGCAGCAACUCCACCUCCGCCGAGAACCAACAGCAGAGCCUGUUCCAGGAACAGCAGCCGAUGCAGGUGGGCCCGAGUUCCAGCAGCGUCCCGAGCAGUCAACCCGUGGAGCUGUUCUUACCACAGACGUCUCUGUCCAGCCUGCAGAGCACCAUCGGCUCACAGGAGCUGAGCAACCAGGCUCCAGCCCCCGGCACCACCAUCUUUGUGGUGCAGGGUGGCGUGGGUGUGGUGGCCAACCCUGGCCAGCAGCCCCCGGAGCAGCUCUUCCAGACCACCGUGGGGGGGAAUGUGGCUCCACAAGGACAGGCCAACCUGUUUGUGUUCGGCAUCCAGAACGACUCGCCCCAGCUGCUCAACUCCUCUGGACCCGCCCUGCCAGCUCAGGGCCAGCCCCAGAACUCCAGUCACAUGCAGCCUCUGCUGGACCAGCCCAUGGCCCAGGCUGCCUCCACCAUGCCGGCCGCCAUGCACGGCAGCUUACAGAACACCCUUCAGGCACAGAUGCAGUCCAGCUUAGAGAACGCUCUGCAGACCAGCCUGCAGAACGCCAUGCAGACAAACACGCAGACCGCUCUGCAGUCCAGUUUGCAGGCCACCAUAGAAACGAGCCUGCCGACUCCAAUGCAGACCAAUCUGCAGACGCAGAUGCAGAACAGCUUACAGAACCAGCUGCAGGCAUCCAUAUCUGCAUCUUCCAACAUGGAUAAGAUAGAGGACAUACUGGAGAGCCUCCAGAAGCAGUGAUGGAUGGGCACCGAGCGGAGUGAGGGAUAUGUAGCCCAGCGUUAUACAUCCUUACAUCCACAAACACAACGUGGUGUUUGGUGACACAAAACUUAGAAUAUUUUAAAUAUUUAAGAAUUAAAUGCCCCUUUUACCUAAAACCCAAAUUAUGAGCUCUUGUAACUCCUUGUUUUUAUGGAAUAUUUAUAAGUAAUUAUAGCCUUCAUACAUCCAUCGUCCUUGAAUCGAAGAAUCCGCCUUUGUUAUUACCCCUCUUGCAGGAUCAGAGAGGCCUGUAAUAACCCUUUUACCCAUCACUCUCACUAAUGCAGUGUUUUGUUCUUAGAGUGUUUUAAUAAUGUGAGCCUAAGAGAUGAUGAUGAUGAUGAUGAUGAUGAUGAUGAAAACCUGCCAGGUUUGGUAAAACAACUGGAAAGGGAUAAAGAAUGUGAGCGCCGGGGGAACAGUGAUGUGAUGGAGAGGAGUCUGUAAGAGCAGGCAGAGGAGAUCAGACAGACGGCCGUGGAGGGAAUAUCAGAUAGAGGCUGAAUCUCAUGUUGUGAGUGUGUAAACUCAACGCCCCCCCCCCCUCUGAGAGGCUGUGAGAGGAGGUUUGGUCUAUUCAUGUGGAGAUGGGGAGAUUACCUGGCAUAAGAACGAGGAUGGAAUAAUGUCACCUCUCAGUUUGAACUCUAGUCAUGGAGAAUGUCACACAGAUCUACUCUAAGAGUAAAGAUUAUUAAAUGAAGUACAUUUGUAGAAUGUUUUUCCUCCAUCAUAUUGCUGCAGUUUGCACCUGAGCAGACUAUCAGGAGGAGGAGUGUUUAAACACCACGGUGUGUAUCAGUACGUAGAGGAGGGACUGUUAAACACUCACAGAUGAGAUUCCGGUGACUAUAAUGUGACUUGCCUUUGGUUGUGUCUCCUCCCAGCAGUGUUUUCAUACGUUCAGACUUUGCAGAAGCUUCCUUGGUGAAGCUGAAGAAGCGUUGGACUAUGUAGUGUGUUUAGUUUUGAAGAAGUAGGUAACCUUUUACCAGUUUAAUGUGGAUAGAAAGAAACUUUCCACUCGUGAAAACGGAGUGUUGUGUGGUUUUAUAAACGUUUUAUCUCAAGCACUUUAUAACCUCUAGCUAAUCCUUCUAUCCGUCCACAGCUCUCUACUGACCCAGCUCUAUUUAUACGUCCGGUUCUAAAAACUAAAGAAGAAACAGAAACACACAGCAGUAGUCUUUGUAAAGGUAAAUCCAUCCUCAUGUCUGGAUACUCUGGAGGUCUACUCACUGUUGAAGUCCUCUUUGUAUUCAGUCUCAGUGGUCCGGUCAGCUGUGUCUCAACAAGCAGCCCUUCUCAGUGUCCGAGCGGUCCGGAGAAUCUGGACUCCUUUAGGUUGUGAAGGAUUCUAUUCAGCGUAUUUCUAUGUAUACUAGUUCCUGUCACUUGAGACUGUUUGACCUUGUGUUGUGUUAGAUAUUUAAGUUUUGGUCUCAGUGUUGGUACCGUGUGCAGGCCGGCGCCGUGUGAAGUUGGCAUCCAGUAGCCGUCCCUGGUGUUGUGAACAGGGGCUCGCUGGGAAAUGAAGUCUCUGUUGCAUAGAGGCAGCCAUUCUGGUUCUAUCUAUGGUUCUAUCUAUGGAUCUAUCUAUGGAUCUAUCUAUGGUUCUAUCCAUGGUUCUAUCUAUGGUUCCAUCUAUGGAUCUAUCUAUGGUUCUAUCCAUGGUUCUAUCUAUGGUUCCAUCUAUGGAUCUAUCUAUGGUUCCAUCUAUGGAUCUAUCUAUGGAUCUAUCUAUGGUUCUAUCUAUGGUUCCAUCUAUGGAUCUAUCUAUGGAUCUAUCUAUGGUUCCAUCUAUGGAUCUAUCUAUGGAUCUAUCUAUGGUUCUAUCUAUGGUUCCAUCUAUGGAUCUAUCUAUGGAUCUAUCUAUGGUUCUAUCUAUGGAUCUAUCUAUGGUUCCAUCUAUGGAUCUAUCUAUGGUUCCAUCUAUGGAUCUAUCUAUGGUUCUAUCUAUGGUUCCAUCUAUGGAUCUAUCUAUGGAUCUAUCUAUGGUUCCAUCUAUGGAUCUAUCUAUGGUUCUAUCUAUGGAUCUAUCUAUGGAUCUAUCUAUGGUUCUAUCUAUGGUUCCAUCUAUGGAUCUAUCUAUGGUUCCAUCUAUGGUUCCAUCUGUGGAUCUAUCUAUGGUUCCAUCUGUGGAUCUAUCUAUGGAUCUAUCUAUGGUUCCAUUUAUGGAUCUAUCUAUGGAUCUAUCUAUGGAUCUAUCUAUGGUUCCAUCUAUGGAUCUAUCUAUGGAUCUAUCUAUGGUUCCAUCUAUGGAUCUAUCUAUGGUUCUAUCUAUGGAUCUAUCUAUGGUUCCAUCUAUGGAUCUAUCUAUGGUUCUAUCUAUGGUUCUAUCUAUGGAUCUAUCUAUGGUUCUAUCUAUGGAUCUAUCUAUGGUUCUAUCUAUGGUUCUAUCUACGGUUCUAUCUAUGGUUCUAUUUAUGGUGCUACGUACGUGCAGGAGGCCAAAUUUGUUUUCCCAGGAUGGUGAAGUCCUGACCCGCCCUGCUCUGCCUCUGAUUGGCUAGUACUCGUUGCCUCGGUCGGUUCAGGCACGAUGAAUGAGAUUGGUUAGGGGGGGGGUCACAUCUUCGCCAUCCUAGAAAAAGAAAUGUGUGGUGCAGGAGUGACGGAGGCACUUCUGAUGUAAUGCUAGUCCGUACCGGUAACAUUGAUCGGUGGUUGUGAAGCCGAGUGGAGUCCAGAGAGAGAGCUGGCUGAGGUCGUGGGGUCAGACUGGAGCCGGCAUACCAAAGCUCCUGUUGUGAAUCGCCGUCAUCUUGUCUCCUACUUGUCCUCGCAGACGCCCUCAUGAUGUUUACUCAUUUGUACUUCGUUAAGUUAUGCAGCUCUUCCGUGGUUCGUCUUUCAGCAUGUUGUUUUCUAAAAGAGAUGUAAAGGUACUUUGUUUCAUGGAUCAGUUAACCUCUCAUUAACAUUUCCACCCGUUUCAUACAUGACUCUAUUUUAUGAUGCAUAAUAACACUGCUGUACUUUCCAUAUCUCCACCAGGAGCCAACCUGGCAUCUAUCAAACAGCCAAUCUCUGAGAAGGAUUCUCCAUGUUUAGAAUAGUAUUGCUCACAUAUGCAUUUGUUUACAUUUUCAUAAUCAUACUAUUUUGUCCUGCAGCUAUUAGUGAUCCAUUUUAAAGUAACUUAUCUUUUCUAGAAUUUUGUAUCCAUGUAUCAAAAUGUAGAGUAUUUUUGUAAACUAAAAGGUUUUCUCAUAGCACAGAAUAUCAUGCUGGUGUGUUCCUGAAAUGAAGCGCAGGUUUAUUGUGAAGUGUGUGACUGAAAGUAGAAGUGUAAUGAAGUGGACAUGGAGCUUAAGUUUGGACUUACCCAACCUGGAUACCAGAAGACGUGGGCUAAGUUGUCCUUGUGCGUGUGUGUUUUUAUUUUUUAUGUCAUGCAUCUCAAAUGGCACUUUGACUCAUCCAUUAACUGUAGAUCAGGUUGGAGCGCAGUAGUGAUGUUUCCAAGCAUUCCGUUCCUCUUGGGGAGUUUAAGAGCACAUGAUGUUGUGGAACAGCCUCUCGAAGCCAUACCGACACAGAACGCCAACCUGUGACUUCACCUUCAUGAAUGUAAAUGUUACCUCAUGGUGUGGACAUAGAGCUCGCUCUACAUCGAACAUCGGACCAAUUACACUUUUAGAGAACCUAGAUUUAGAGGCAGAGAGGGCGGGGGGGCACCAACUGUCAUUUGUAUCACUGAACAUCUGUCAGAUUGUUUUCUUUUGGAUUGUGGUGUAAUUUCAUGUUUUUCACGUCCACUUGUUUCAUUCUUUAUAAGCCCUCCAGGAUGCUCAGUCUGACUCUUCACAAAGCCACCAUCCACCUGAACAAACACAUGUGAAACGUUCAUCUAACGCUGGUGAAACAUUCACUUAACGCUGGUAAAACGUUCACUUAACGCUGGUGAAACGUUCAUUUAACGCUGGUGAAACGUUCAUCUAACGCUGGUGAAACCUUCACUUAACGCUGGUGAAACCUUCAUCUAACGCUGGUGAAACCUUCAUCUAACGCUGGUGAAACCUUCACUUAACGCUGGUGAAACCUUCAUCUAACGCUGGUGAAACCUUCAUCUAACGCUGGUGAAACCUUCACUUAACGCUGGUGAAACCUUCAUCUAACGCUGGUGAAACCUUCAUCUAACGCUGGUGAAACCUUCAUCUAACGCUGGUGAAACGUUCACUUAACGCUGGUGAAACCUUCAUCUAACGCUGGUGAAACGUUCAUCUAACACUGGUGAAACGUUCAUCUAACGCUGGUGAAACCUUCACUUAACGCUGGUGAAACCUUCAUCUAACGCUGGUGAAACGUUCAUCUAACGCUGGUGAAACGUUCACUACGUUCACUUAACGCUGGUGAAACGUUCACUUAACGCUGGUGAAACGUUCACUACGUUCACUUAACGCUGGUGAAACGUUCAUCUAACGCUAGUGAAACGUUCACUAUGUUCACUUAACGCUGGUGAAACAUUCAUCUAACACUGGUGAAACGUUCGUUUAACGCUGGCGAAACGUUCAUCUAACGCUGGUGAAAUGUUCGUUUAACGCUGGUGAAAUGUUCGUUUAACGCUGGUGAAACGUUCAUCUGACGCUGGUGAAGACAGCACACACAUCUUUACACCAUAUCAGUUUUGUCCUUCAGUCAUGUAAAUGAAUAUGUGUGUAUAUUAAAUGUGAAAUAUACUGCAGGGGGAUCUUGAUGCUUUUCAACAGAACUUUGUGUGCCUUGAUAACGUUCCUGUUCCUCUGCUGUGUUUACUGGCGUCCCCUUUCUGUGGCUCCGUGUCCUUUUGAUUCUCCGGGACUGUUCAACAUCAGGACUCUUUUCACUCAUUGACUCUUUAUUUGGAAACACAAGCAGAACCAUGGCCGUACACACACAGUAUAUGUAGACAUGUUGUCUUUGCAGGAUAUCAGAGGGAGUUCUCUCAUCAGGAUAUCGUGCAGCUUCUCCAGUCAAUGUCAACCUGUUUGUUAUUUUCUGUUGAAAGUGUGUUUUCACGCCUCAUGAGAUUUGUCCAUGUGAGGUAAAGGACGAGACGGUGGGAUAGUUGUCUGGAGAGCUUUCUUGUGUUGAUGUGCUUGUCAACAUUACUCUUGUUGCUGUGAAACGCUGGUCUAAAGUCUAAAGGAGCUACCAUGACAAAUUAACUGUUAAUUGCCAAUAGUGUGAGCCGUGUCUUGUGUGUAAUCAGUUUGCUCACUUUUCCUAGUUCGCUUUCUAUUUCACAUCCUCCAACGGUUCUGUUGUAUCCGUUCUGUGUAGCUUGAGCUUUAGUAUCUAGCCUUAAGACCCUGCAGUGGGGAUAAAGGUCAACCCCAGUGUGUUAUCAUACAUCUGAACUAUUAUUAACAUGUACUUUGCCUUGGUCUGGACAUUUGUAUACUCUUCUGUUUAUAUCUGUAAUCCUGCUGCUACAUUAAAUGAAUUAAUAAAAAUAGAAA